UCGAGCACAGCGCGCAACACUCACGGACUUAAAGACGAUGGAUUACAAACUCUGAAUUUAGCUGCCAACAACAAGUGAUCUUGAUACCUGCUAGUCAUUUUGAACGUCAUAUUCUGACGCACUUUUUCCCCCUUACAAAUAUACCUUAACAAUAUCUUUGCAUUGAUAUAAGCGCAAUGGUUUUGUUCGUUUACCAUUAAGGGCGCAAUAUAGGUUUUAAGUUUGUUACUUUUUUAGGCUAUUGCUAAAAACGCCUUCGAAACAAUGGACCUAUUAUACCGUAAAGUACUACUUAUGACUCUCCUGACUGUUCAGGUUCGUAGUGACGUUGUGUCACCGUCUAAACAUCCAGGCCUGCAGGUGCUGGCCACAGCUUCACACUACUGGCCUCUGGAUUCAGUGGAAGGGAUCCACGGCCUCUCAGACCAGAUUGGGAACAGAACAGGUCAUGUUAAUGGGACUAAUAUAACUGUCAGAAUCCACAACCACACUGUCCUGACUACCCAUAAUUCUUCCUCUGUGUAUACCAAUGACUCUGCCUACACUAACAUUUCCGCCACUGUAGACAUUGUAGAAGGAAUGGUCAAUAAAGGCAUCUAUCUGAACGGUGAUAACGGGGCCACUUUCCUUCACUUUGGCAACUAUAAAGACUCCUGCAUAAGUGAUCCUGCUUUGUGUGGACCUGCCGGGAUAACUUUCUCCUUCUUCUGGAAAAAUAAUGAAGUAGAUUCUCGUUUUGCGAUUGCAUCCGGAGGUAAAGUCAUCUCAAGCGGUUUCUCUGUCUACUCUAACCCGUACGGUGGAUACGUGGAGUUCUACACAAGAGGAGACUCCAAGACAUGGAAAGCACAAAUUAAUCUUCCAGGGCCCUACUGGACACACGUGCUCUUCACAUGGACCCAAGCGGAGGGGUUAAAGGUCUACAUUAAUGGGACAUUCAGUGUAGGAGACCCCACAGGAAAUGUUUCUCUAAACUACGGCGAUCGCUAUGCUGACUUGGUCAUUGGCACAGGAAACACUGGGAAUUACAACCACUAUGCCACAGGGGCCUUCGAUGAGUUUGUGAUUUGGGAAAGGGCCUUGUCCCCUCAAGAUAUAUUGAUGUACUACAAAGCUGCCAUUGGUGAGAAUGUGAUGUCCACCUUUCCAACCGAAGCAUCCAUCAGUGUCACUGCUGCAACAGAUACUCAGUUAAAGAGAACCACAGAGAUGCCCCGACCUGCCUCCACAAACCUGACAGAGGAAGUUCAGAGACUUCAGGACCCCAUGCGGUUACAAACGCUAGAUCUCCUUCAGUCUCUAUCAUUUAACCUUCCAAACAAGACUAUACCUCAGGAAACAGCCAACAAUCUUACACAGUCUCUACUGAAGAGCGUGGAUGAGGUCAUAACUGCCAGCGACUGGAGAGAAAAUGAUGAGUGGAGUCCAGUGGUCAAUGGGCUGGUGGAAAUGGUGGAUAAAGUGAUGGUGCAUAUGGCCUCCAAGCUUCGGUCUGACCCAGAUGCAGAGGCUCCACUGGCCAUAAGGGGCAAGAGCUCCGUAGCGGAUUACUCUCUGAUGAAGAUCCCUCAGAACUACAAUCUGCAAAGCUACCGGUUCCCCACACAAGGGAAGAGUUACAUCUCAGUACCAGGAGAGGCCCUCACAAUGCAGUCUCAGACCACGAUUGUGGGACUUUUCUACCACAAAAUGCACAACUACUACAAAAAAAUCAGCCCUCUACAAACAAGGAUAAAUGAGGCAGUGGAUUUUAAAGAUCAUAAGAUCCAGAUGGCCAGUCAUCUUAUUUCUCUGAAGGUGGAACCGUCUCCUGCCCUGUCAUUCAACCUUUCCACUGAGCCGCUGAUCCGGAUCGUCCUCACGCAUCAGCUGAGUAAAGAACAGCAACUCCAGGCCUUAAACCAAAGUAACAAAGUGUUCCUGUACUGCGCCUUCCUGGACUACAGCUCCAAGGAUGGCGUGUGGUCCAAUGAGGGCUGUGUGAGGGCUGAUGGAAACCUGUCCUUCUCUAUUUGCUUGUGUAACCAUCUGACAAACUUCGCCAUCCUUAUGCAAGUGGUUCCCUUGGAGCUCUCAAAGGCCCACAAGGUGGCGCUGUCCACCAUUAGCUACAUCGGCUGCUCUAUCUCUAUUUUCUGCCUGGCAAUUACACUGGUCACCUUUGCCGUCCUGUCGUCGGUUAGCACCAUCCGUAAUCAGCGUUACCAUAUUCAUGCAAACUUGGCAUUUGCAAUCUUAGUCGCUCAGAUCCUUCUGCUCAUCAGUUUCCGCUUCAGUCCCAGCACGCUCCCGUGUAAGAUCACGGCCAUAUUGCUGCAUUUCUUCUUCCUGUGUGCGUUCGCCUGGAUGCUGGUGGAAGGGCUGCAUCUCUACAGCAUGGUGAUCAAGGUGUUCGGCUCAGAGGACAGCAAGCACUUUUAUUACUAUGCCAUCGGAUGGGGAUGUCCUUUGGUCAUAUGUGCGGUGUCUAUAACCUCGUCACUAAACAGCUAUGGGGAAGCUGGCAAUUGCUGGCUGUCUCUCCAGAAUGGGGCGAUUUGGGCUUUUGUAGCCCCUGCUCUGUUUGUUAUAAUGGUCAACAUUGGCAUUUUGAUAGCUGUGACAUGGAUCAUAUCCAGGAUCAGUGCUGAAAACUACAAGGUUCACGGAGAUGCCAACUCUGUUAAGCUUACGACUAAAGCGGUGGCGGUACUCUUGCCCAUCCUGGGCAUAUCGUGGAUCUUUGGGGUUCUGGCAGUGAACGACCACUCCCUGCUUUUCCAGUACAUGUUUGCAGUGUUUAACUCACUACAGGGGUUCUUCAUAUUCCUGUUUCACUGUCUGUUAAACUCUGAGGUGAGAGCUGCUUUCAAACACAAAACCAAAGUGUGGACUUUAACCAGCAGCUCAAUUCGCAACAUCAACGUCAAACCAUUCAACUCAGACAUAAUGAAUGGCAACAAGGGCGGUGUGACUCCCACAAAGAUGAACACAUGGGACAAAAGCACCAACUCAGCCAACCGCAUAGAUUUGUCAGCUGUAUAAUGGCUUCUGGUCCAAACAGAGCAAGUGGACAACAGCAUAGCACUUCUUAUAGAACAUGUGCCUUUCUAUAUCACAUUUUAAAUGGACUUCAUAUGAUGAAAUAGCUACAAACACUUGCAUCUGAUUGUAGAAUAGUUAACUCACAACACAAAGUUCUCUGAUGUCAUUUCCUCCUGCUGAUGAUCUCUCUAACACAAACAUAGGAUGGAGACACACUGCCCGUUGUUGGGAUGAGUUCAUGGUUUGCUAAUAAUGUGGUGUGCAGAGGAAAACACACUAACUCUCACAGACAGGAGACUCUCCUGAGGUACAGUACCUGUACUGUAACGCUGUUUCCUUGCUUUGAUUUUUUUGGACAACACACUAGAUCUGUGCUUCAUCUUUGGCCGUCCUUUAAACAGAGGAGUCAUCAAAUACAAAGUCUGGAGUGUCUCAACUUUAAUGAGAACGCUUUUUUGCAACCAGCCUGAGUGAAGUAGCAGCUUCGAUUAAUCCACAUCCAUCUGUCCAUCAGCUAUGGCUUAAAAUUUGACCUGGAAGAGAAGAACAAUACUGGCCAAAUUCUCUGGAGAUCUUCCUCAUUGUUGUGAUGGGUUUCUCUCUCUUUAAAAAAAAUCUAGUAUUGUAAAUGGCACUUGUGUUUAGGUUUGUUUGUUUUUUUUUCAACAAGAGGUCAGUGAAAAGAAGUGAUGAACCUCCACAAUAUGUUGACAGUCAAACUCAGAAGGUCAUUUAUAAUAUUGCACAAAUGUAUUAUAUAUAU